AUGUCUGUCCUUGGGAUGCUGCUCUCGCUCCUGCUGCUGACCUCGUCACUGCUGCAGCCAACGUCAUCACACUCAGUGUUGAAAGAUAUUGAAAAACAUGAUGAAAAAGACAAAAUCCUUCUGGCAGAUGUGAUCCUAUCCUCCCUGAAUGCAACUGCCACCUGCCUGGAGAAGGAGAAUCUCUUUGUUGAUAUCAUGAUUUGUCUCCGAAUUCUGGAAGCGUAUGUCAAAGGCGUUAUGGAGCCAUGGGCCAUGAACCCAGAAAUGGAGCCAAUAAAUGAAAAGAUGAAGACGAUCUCCAUGAAGCUAGAGGAGAUUCUCAGCAGAUCCAUUUCUUACUUGUCCGAGGCUGUAUCUGGCAACCUAGACGUUUUUGAAGUAUUAAUCCAAGCAGAUUUCUGGAAGAUUCCCCAACCUUCGCUCCUUGCUAAAGACACAGUGAUCCCCAUAGGAUUAGCCCCCCUAGAACCUGUGAAUGAAGAUGCCAGCGAGUUAUGCACGAUAACUCUACUGAAUAACAGUGGUAGCAAAGAGUCUUGUAUGUACUCAGAUGUCUGCAGGCAAUUGAUGACCACGCCUGUCAACUCACAUGUCCAGAUAUUUCAGCAGCUGAUGUACUUCCUUUUUUCCAAAAUGCUUGGAUGCAGAAAUGGGAUGUUUGAACACACCCAAGACUACCUGAACCGAGUCUGUUCCAAACUGAUGGACAUGAAUACAGAAAUCGAAAGCAGAAACUACCACAAUUCCUCUCGCGAUGAUUUUUUGGAAAACAUCAUGCUGUGUGGAACUGCUGGAUACAUUGAUUUUUACAAACCCCACUGGCUUGUGAAUAUUCUCCGCUGGCAGAAGGCAGAUGGAUGCUUCAGCACAACUUGUAAGUGA